AUGUCACAGUUCUCUUACCGCGGAUCGCCUAAUUUGCAGUGUCCCGUAACAGUAAGUGGAGCGUUAGCGUCAUCUUCACCCUCUCCAGCUUCAGGGUCUCUGUUGACCGGUAGUGGAGUUUCAUCAACCGGUGGAAGCGAAAACCAUCCCUUGACGUCGCCUCUGUCGAGCGUAGCGAGGAUGGCUGUAACCAGCGCGAUAAUCCGACCAGCAGCCGGGAGCCCAGCAAGCUCGGUUAGUCCCUCAUCUCAGCAUCAGCAGCAGCAGCAGCCGCAUGGUCCUCCGCCGUCGGGACCACCGAGUGGUCGGUGUUGUGACACUGGUCGUCCUAUUUUUACGGACCCGGUGACUGGCCAAUCAAUCUGCUCCUGUCAGUACGAGCUUUUGGGCGCAGGGUACCAGCGUCUCGGUGGAAUCACACCUGCGGCUCUUUCGAUGUACAGCACACCGUAUGCCGCAGCAGCCGCAGCAGUAGCCUCCGAGGGUAUGGCCGCAUACUUUCCAGCUCUUGGGGCCGAACAAACUCCUUUUUAUUCUCCUACCGCAGCAGGUUUGGAUUUGAAAGAGAAUCUAAGCGCGGGUGCAGCGGGUUGGCCAUAUCCAGCAGUAUAUCAUCCUUACGAUGCAGCAGCAUUUGCCAGUUAUCCCUUCAACGGUUAUGGAAUGGAUUUAAAUGGCGCGAGACGAAAAAAUGCAACCCGGGAAACAACAAGCACCUUAAAAGCUUGGUUAAACGAGCACAAAAAGAAUCCAUACCCGACCAAGGAUUCAAAAGAUUCAGGCACGGGAUCGUCUGAAGACGGAGAGCGUCCAACCAAUCGUCUGGAUCUGUUGCAUCCAUCGACAGGAAGUGGCCUCCAGAGUAGAAUCCAGGAGAGCGAGUGGUCAGAGUCCCGCGCGGACAGUGGCCCCGACAGCCCCGAGUGUCUCUACGACCAGCGAGAACCUCCCCGACACCCGCUUCAGCUUCAACAUCCAGCGUAUCUAGCCGCGCAUAAUCGGCUGCUGAGGCACCCCUCGCCUGAAAGCACCUCGCCGACGGGUCCCAUUCAUCUUCCGACCUCGACAAGCACCUCCAGCGGAAAUUCCACGGAGAACAGCACCAAACCGAGGAUCUGGUCCCUUGCGGACAUGGCCAGCAAGGACGCGGACAGUCCGGUUCCACCAACGCCACCCUCCAGUGGGACGUUAACUGGCCUCGGAAGUCCCUACCAGAAUUCCCCCGGGGGUGGAAAGAUCGUGAGUCCUCUCGCAAAUAGAUUUCCUCCGCACCACCAUAUCCACCCGGCGAUUUCAGGGUCCCAGUACGUCAGGCCUCACCCAGACUUUUAUCGUAACUUUUACGGUGCAGCCUCCCAGCUCGGCUCCGGAGAUAUGGCCUUUUUGGAGAGCUACUCGAGAAGUCUGGGAGGCUUGGGACUUGCUCCGAAUUCAGUACCUGCGGGUAUUCUCACUUCCACACCGCCUGCCGUAUCCACCAGUAUCACUGUCAAACCCUUUCCCCUCAAUGGCAGUACUAGUAAUAGUAAUAGUAAUAGUAAUAAUAAUAAUAAUAAUAAUAAUAAUAAUAAUAGUAAUAAUAACAACAACAGUGGGGGACUGAUGACACCGUCGGAAGUAUCGCCAUCGUCAUCAGUGUCCUCGCACUCGGAGCAGAGAUCGCCACACCCCAGCGAGCCCGGGAAUAAAUCCCCGCGA